CAGCUACUGGGCAACAGAUUCGUAGGCCCCUCACGGCGAUCGGCAGCAGCUCGGCUUUCGAUUGAUGUUGUCUGAAAGGAGCGUAAACAGUGACGUCAGUUCGAAUUUGAGCGCUAAAGUGCAGCUUGUGCUCGCGCGAAGGUAGUCUGGAUCUGUUCUGUUGUUGAGUUUAGGCUGUGAGGAAGUUAUCGGUGCUGCUGAGCAUCUCGGUUUAACCUGCCCGGAACUCGCUGAGUUUUAAUGGAGAAGCAGUCAUAUAUGCCCGUACCACCCGGAGUGGGAAUGGAAGAGAACUUCUUGUCUUUGGACGACAUCUUGCUCUCUCACGAGAAGCUGCCCUGCACGACCGAGACCGCUUUUCCUCGGCUCGGUUUUUUGGAGAAGUCCAGCGAUGCGAGGGACAUCCCCGAGGGAGUGAAGAUGGAGAUGCCGCUAUGGCUCGUCAAAGGCCUGUACGAACAUAAGCGCCGCACGCUCUCUGUACAGCUGCCCAAGGUGUACAGGCAGGGCUGGCGCACCGUGUUCGGGGCUGACCCCACUGUGGUGGACCUGCACAAGAUGGGGCCCUAUUAUUAUGGCCUGGGCUCCCAGCUGCUACACUUUGACAGCCCUGAAAACACAGAGAUUGCCCAGACUGUUCUACAGACUUUCAUUGGACGCUUCCGUCGGACUAUGGACUCCUCUCAGAACGCCUACAAUGAGGACACGUCUUUGCUAGUGGAGCGUCUGGAUGGCCUGGAGAGAGCGCUCUUCCAGGCUGGGCAGAGCGGGCUUAAUGAUUUCCAGCGCUGGGAGAAGGGGCACUCGUCACACCUCACAGCCUCCAGCCUGGUUCUCAACUACCGCAAGAGAAAGAUCACGGAGGUGCAGGAGUGAGGAGCCAGGGAGCUGGACGGCCCCUUUGGUGGCGCCUCUAUCUUUUUUAGCCUUCUUUUGUGUUCACACUGCUGAGUCACUGGUUCCCCUUUUUCGGAUUCAUGCAGAGAGGUUAAUGAGCACAGUUUUGAUCUGAACGUGUGAUCCGAGCAGCGCACAAACAGGCCACCCGGUUGAGCCAAUGGGAAUGUGGAGCUGUGACCUGCCAGUGCUGCACAAAGACCCCCAACGUCAGACAAAACAAAAACAAAUAAAAUGUGACCCCUGGAUGGAGAGAGCGAACACAGAGUUGAUUGGUAGCAGUGGGGGUGCAGUGGACAACUUUUACCGUGGGCCCCUAAUCUCUGUGGACCUUUCUGUUUUUGAAUAAAAACUGUUUAUUUUCUGUUAAUGUUUUUGUUUUCUUUUUAGGGUUUUUUUUUUCUGGAAACCCAAGGUGUCUAUAGAACACCUGUAAAUAGUAACACAUAUAAAUAUUCUUUAAUAGCUUGUCACCACAGUGCUGUGGUGUGUCCAUUCCUCCUCUUGUCGGGUGCUGGCUGUCCUUGUCUCCCAAUUGCCAGAUGUAUUUUCAUGAACGUGUAUGUGAUCCUUGUUGUGUGUGGGUGUGGGUGAAGGUUGUGGGCUGAGCUCAGACCGGCCCACUUUGAAACCACGCGCGCACUGCAAGAGUAGGGCUACAGGCCUAUUCCAUGACUAAUUACCAGAGCAGAUGGUUACGUGUUAAGCGAAUGUAGCUUUAUGAAUUUUAAAAGCAUUUCUUAUCUCUACCUUGCUGUUAAAAUGACAUAACAGAUCAUGCAGGGGGGUACAGGCCUGCCUCACAUUAAUAGGCAAAUCAGAAUACAUUAGUUGUCAGGUUUGUGUUUGGAGCCUGAGGGUUUGUUAUAUGAAGUUCCAAUCCAGAUAUAUUUACAGUGUCAUAUGAACCUGGGUAAGACACCUGGGCCCAUCACACAUUGUCAUGUGUGUUUUUAUAAGAACUGUUUGAUAUUGGAGUCCUUGGAACUGUUUUGGAAAGACUGUCUAGCUGCAGCUCUUGUAACUGCUGGUUUAUGUCAUGUUUGUUUUGUGUGUUUUUACUUUGAGUUCUCGUUUCCAGUUUAUCCAUACAGGAAGCUGUAAGUGCACAGCCUUUAAAUCCAUAACGGAAUUGAUCUUGAUGAGCCCGGAAGGUGGCCGAAAUUUGACCCUCAGUGUUUGUUUCUGCUUGCGAUAGAGAUCGGUUAGACUUUGUGAAAGCCAACAAACAUUAAAUUCAGGGAAACACUGCUUGCUGACUGUUUGGCUUCAGUGCUAACUCAGGAAUGCUUGGUUUUUUUCCCCCCAGACUCUCAAUCUUGGUAUAAUAGUAACUGUUUAUAGAGGAAAGGCUGCUUUGUCGUAAACUUGAUGUGUCUGGGGCCCAUGUUGCCAUGUUAGGCCUGGCGGUGGGACUGGCAGGGGUAGCUGCUUGUUUGUGUCAGAGUGCUGCCUGCCUGCUCCUCGCGGCUGUGCUGCUGCUGCUGCUGCUGCUGAGAGGUGACAUUCAAGUUAGUGACAAGGAGGUGCGGCUGUCGUCAUGUGCAUGAGUCACUGUGCGAGGCCCUGGGAGUGAGCCUGCGUGGCACUGUGCCGAGUGCAGCCAGCCCUCCCCCCACACACCGAGGGGAGACGGAGCUCGGGACCAUCAUUUGACCUUGAGCACGCGGUUUGGCCUGGCUGCUGCCCGCCAAGUUACGUGUGUGACGUUCUGCGUGUGCUUAAGGUCCUGUUUACUAUGGGAGAGGUCCUGCUCUGCGUUAUCUAUCUGAGCCUGUGGGGAUGCUGUGGAGCUGGGCUGUACUGACCUGAGCUUUGAUGGAGGUGUCCGUUCAGCCAGUCAGCGAUGGUGUUGCUCUUGCAGAGCUCAAGGUGCAUCAGGUGGCUAUAAGCUGUUAACUUGUCUGAAACUUUGCCUGUCCUGACCAAUGUCGCUUAGGACAGAAGCAACAGGCGGGGUUCAUGGGAGGAGGAGGGGUCCACUGUGGUUGGUACAUGUGGCUGGUAUCUGCUCUUAAUAGGAUGUGAGUGUACAGGUCAGAUGAGGAAAGGUGCAUCUCAUAUAUUCUAGCGCCCUAAAUAUUGCCUGAGCUGUGGCUAAUUCCUGACAUCUGGGUGGUCCUCUUACCUAAUUUUCUUCAAGGCCGGCCAGAAGAUCCUGAGGAUUCUAGUUUGACAGACCCUGGAGUUGAUGGCACACAUUGUUCACUGGGGAGAAGGAAUCUGAAACAAAUGGUUUAUUUAAACAGCAGUCAGGUUCAGCAUGAUUAGUGUACAUGCGAUUAAUUAACAAGUGCUUUUGGGGAGGGGGGUGUCUGCUGUACUGUGUCAAUAAAGGGAAUACUUUAUUCUCAA